AUGUGUGCAGCCUUCGACCGGUACCAUGCAUUCCGAAACUUUGAUGGGCCGCAAGGCCUCGCGCUAGGUUUGGAAGAGAUGCAGCGAAGCAGCCUCCCGAACACAUGGAUGCAGAGGCAGCUUGAGAAGCUUCAAGACUCCAGCAGCUCUGAUACCAGCAAAUCGGAGAAGAAAGCCAAGAAGAAAGCCAAGAAGAAGGCGAAGAAAGAGAAGAAGAAACUGAAGAAAGAGCUGAAGAAGCAGAAGAAGCUCCAGACGCAAACAGAGCAAGCUGAUGGCCAGCCUCAGAAGACCGAGGCACAAGGAGUGAGCAGCCAGGCGCGUGGCCUGGACUCGCAGAUUCUCGACGGAUCGACCAUGUGUUGCCUCGAUUUGAAGACGGCAGCCUUGGUUAUGGCCCCGGCACCGUCGUCCCCAUUCUCCGACACUUCGCCCAGGUCUAGAAAGAUGGAGGCGGCUUCCAAAGGAGGUGGCUGGGAGUCGCCAAAGCUGUUCUUGCCCCCUCUCGAUGCUUUCCCGCACCGUAUUGCGAUGCGUUCCGUGACCGAGCUGCGAGCGCAAGCCGUUUCAGCGAAAGGCGGCGAGAUGUCGGCUGACAUGCCGUCCAAGGUCGACUUUUGCUUGGUACUCGGUGGCUACAACUCGUCGAACACCACCCACCUCCUCGAAAUUGCGGAGGACGAGGGCGUGCCUGCGUAUCAUAUCGACUGCGCGGAGCGCAUCGGAGUUGCUGGUGGAGAGGCCACCAACAAAAUCCAGCACAAGCCCCUGACCACGCUGCCUGCGCAAGCUAUGCUGGACGAGGGCCUUGAGAUCACGGAGAACUUCCUCCCAGAUGGUCCCGUCACCAUUGGCAUUACCUCCGGCGCACCCCGUUCAAGUAGAUCGUUCGAUCACAGAACAGGGGAUAGAUGGAUAGAUAGAAGCUCGAGCCAUUUGUCCCCGAUGGCAGAAGCAGAGGCCCAGGGUGGCCUGGCUCUGAAGGUGGGCGAGGCAGAGAGCACCGAAGAACUCCUCAGCUGCAAGAUCGGCGGCUGCUGCGGCAAGGACACCCCCGGCUUGAGCCGGGAGGAGGUCUUGGCGAGGAUCCCCUCGUUGCCUCUCUGGGUCUUGUCGCCAGACGGCGCUUCGAUCAGCCGCAGCUUCGUGGCCAAGAACUGGGCGGCGGCCAUGAGCUUCCUCAACGAGGUCAGCGUCUUGGCCGAGCAGGAGGGGCACCACCCGGAUGUGCACAUCACUUCCUAUCGACACGUCCGGGUGGAUUUGAGCACGCACGCGAUCGGAGGACUCUCGCUUCCCGACUUCGUUUUGGCAGCUAAGAUGGAUCAGAUCAAGGUCGAGUACUCGCCGAAGUGGCUGAAGGAGCACCCGCUUCCCUAG